UAAAACACCUUUUGAUUGAUGAAAACUUGAAUAAAUUCACUGGAUUAGUUGAUGUGAAUGGCCAACAAGUAUCUUCUACUUUCUUGGUCUCAUCUAUCGAUUACCUUCCAUCAACAUUCCUCAAAGACGAUGAGCGUUGGGAAACAACAUCCCGUGCGAUAGUGAUCAUAGAUAAAUCUAUACAUGAAGAAAGUGGUGACGCAUCAUUAACCGUUUAUCCGCCAGAAAUUGUGAACAAUAAAGAUCCUAUAACGGUACUCCAAUGA